AUGGUUCUCGUGCCCGAGAACACCUUGGAAAGAUUACAGCAGCGCCAGCAGAUUUUAACCCCACCCGUCACACAAACUCUGAGAAACUUGGAUAGUGAAAUGACCGAUAUUUUAUCCAGUAAAGAACUUGAUGAUGAACAAAAAGCUAGGCUUUACAAUCAAGUGUUGCAGCGGUACUUGACUUAUUACGAUCAGCGAAAAGGUCAACCUCUUCAUGUGAAAAUAUCAACCCCCAAAGCAGUAGAAACACCUAAACCAGAAGAAAAUGAACAACCUUCGGAAGAACCUGUCCCGGAAAAAUUCACUUCAUCAGCCGUAGAGGCAGAGGUCAUGAGAAGUGUACCCAAAAUUUACAAAGCCGGGGCUAGACAAAUGUUGGAUAAAAUUAAAGAGCAUCAAGAUGUAUUGCAUUGGAAUGAUAAAGGAGAGCUUUUGUAUGAAACCAAACCCAUUCCAGGUUCU